AUGGCCAAUGCAGCGAGAAUCUACCGCCAAGAUGAACAAAACGAGCUUGCACGUCAAGCCGAUGCCUCCCUCUUACACUACGGCACCAGCUGGUAUCCCGAAGUCAUCGUCCACGCCUCAGGGCAGACCGUUACUACGGCGUCCGGACAUAGCAUGCUUGACUGGACGUCCGGCCAAAUGUCAUGCUUGAUUGGCCACGGUCAUCCUGAGAUCGUGCAGACGCUGAGAGAGCAUGCACAAUCACUCGACCAUCUGUUUAGCGGGAUGCUGAGCCCACCUGUCAUAAGGCUUGCUAAUCGUCUCACCUCGUUGACACCACCAGGACUCGACAAGGCGUUCUUUCUCAGUACCGGCGGGGAGAGCAACGAAGCGGCCAUUCGUCUUGCCAAGCUGUACACCGGCAAGUUCGAGAUUGUUGGACUGGCAUCUAGCUGGCAUGGCAUGACUGGCAAUGCUCUUGGAGCUCAAUACCAUGCAGGGAGAGCUGGCUACGGGCCCUCUGCAGUCGGCAACUUCGCCCUACCAACACCAAAUGCCUACCGCUCCAUCUUUCGACACCCAGACGGGUCGUACGACUGGCGCACAGAGCUCGACUAUGGCUUUGGUAUGAUUGAUCGGCAGUCUUGCGGCUCACUCGCAGCAGUUAUCAUGGAACCCAUCCUGUCCUCUGGCGGCAUGCUCGUGGUACCACCAGGCUACAUCAAGGCCAUGAAGGAGCACUGCGAAAAGCGCGGCAUGCUGCUGAUCAUCGACGAGGCACAGACUGGUAUUGGGCGAGCGGGAGACAUGUUCGCCUUUCAGCACUUCGCCGAGGACGAAGGCGUUGUGCCGGAUAUCCUUACCUUGAGCAAGACUCUUGGGAAUGGGCUGCCUCUGAGCGCCGUCGUGACUAGCAACACUAUCGCUGAAGUCACCAAGGAGAAAGGCUUCUUGUUCUACACAACCCAUGUCAACGAUCCAUUGCCGGCUGCCGUAGGCGACAAAGUCCUCGAAAUAGUCGUCCGGGACAAUCUAGUUAGCCGAUCUCGUUCUCUCGGUGAGAACUUCCAAGAACGUCUCCAUCAGCUCAUGGACCGUUAUGGCUGCAUCGGCGACGUUCGCGGCAGAGGACUGAUGGCUGGGGUCGAGAUUGUUGCGAAUCGGGAGACGAAAGAAAGCGCACCAGAGCUCGGAAAUGCGAUCGGGAAGAGAUUGACGGAGCUGGGUGUGUGGGCACAGCUGGCGACGAUAGCGUCGUUCGGUGGUGGUUUCCGCAUUGCGCCGCCUCUGACUACUACGGAUGAGGAGCUGGAGAGGGGCUUGAAGGCGUUUGAGGAGGCUUUUGCUUCGACGGAGGGGACGAUGCCGUUGUAUGGCUCGCGAGACGACGCUGGUGAGCAUGGAGCGGUGCAGAGAUGCUGCUAA